CAACUCACUUUUAUAACUUUUUGUCCACCUACGUGUGAUAGGCUUUCGAUUAUAUUCAUUGUAUUUUGUUGAAAAUACAUUCAUUUGUGCAACUUCUGAUAUAAAAGAUGACAGAAAUAAGACUUGCUGUUGUGUUACUAUAUUUCUAUUAUUGUGUAGGACAGGAACAGCAAUGUUCCCGCUACCACUAUGAAGAACAGAUACUGGCAAAGGUUGUAAAGCUGGAACACAGACUUGAACUGUUGGAGGCUCGGAAUAGUAUUGGAGGUCAAACAGCUAACUCGAUUUGUCCGGAUACGUGGAUACGUUUCCGAGGUUCAUGUUACCUUUUCCCACGUGGAGAUGUCAACUUUUCCGCCGCAGAGUACUUCUGUGUCCAGCAUGGUUCUCAUAUAGUGCAUGUUGAGAGUGAAUCAGAAAACAACUUUCUGAAAAAUCAUAUGAGAGAUUUGAAAGAAUCAAGUUACUGGAUUGGACUUACUGAUACUGAUGUAGAAGGCACCUGGGUAUGGUCUGGUACAGGAAAAUACGCGCUGUUUACGGACUGGAGCAGUCACAGUCCAAAUAAUUAUGACGGGAAUCAACACUGUGUUUUCAUGGAGUUUGCACAUGACUUUGAAUGGAAUGAUAUGACAUGUAAUGCUAAAUACAGAGCAGUGUGUGAAAAGAAUCUGCUAAGCUGAACUAAUACUUAGGCCAUUGACAUACUGGCUAUUUUUUCUUAUGUCAUAUUCUGAAAAGUAAACAGAUUAGAUACA